AUGUUUCUCCUGCCCCCCUCCUCAAACAGGCCCCAGACAGCAGACCUGAGGAACAGCAGCACAGUCUCAGAGUUCAUCCUCGUGGGCUUUGAGCAGAGUCCCCCUUCCACACGGGCAUUGCUCUUCGCCCUCUUCCUGGCUCUCUACAGCCUCGCCAUGGCCAUGAAUGGCCUCAUCAUCUUCAUCACCUGGACUGACCCCAGACUCAACAGCCCCAUGUACUUCUUCCUUGGACACUUGUCUUUCCUGGACAUCUGCUUCAUCACCACCACCAUCCCACAGAUGUUGAUCCAUCUGGUGACCAAGAACCACACAGUCUCCUUUGCCUCUUGUAUGACCCAGAUGUACUUGGUCUUUCUAGUGGGUGUGGCCGAAUGCAUCCUCUUGGCUUUCAUGGCCUAUGACCGUUAUGUCGCCAUCUGCCACCCCCUGAACUAUGCCCAGAUCAUGAGCCCUCAGGUGUGUGUCAGACUGGUGUGCUCUUCCUGGAUCUUUGGGAUGACCAAUGGCAUCUUUCUUGAGUAUAUAUCAUUCCGGAAUCCUUUCUGUAAAGAAAACCACAUAGAAAACUUCUUCUGCGAGGCCCCCAUAGUGAUUGCUCUCUCCUGUGGGGACCCCAAGCUCAGCAUGAAGUUGAUCUUUCUUGAUGCCAUUGUAGUGCUUUUCAGCCCCAUGGUGCUUAUUGUCACCUCCUAUGCCCGCAUCCUGGCCUCCAUCCUUAGCAGAUCCUCUUCCUCGGGUAAGGGGAAGACAUUCUCCACGUGUGCCUCCCACCUGACUGUGGUCAUCUUUUUGUACACCUCAGCCAUGUUCUCUUACAUGAACCCGCGUAGUACGCAUGGGCCUGACAAAGACAAGCCUUUCUCCCUCCUCUACACCAUCAUCAUCCCCAUGUGCAACCCCAUCAUCUACAGCUUCCGCAACAAGGAAAUGAAGGGGGCCAUGGGGAGAGCCCUUGGGAGAGGCAGCCUGGCUUCAGCUGCACCUGCCCAGAAGGAAACCCGCUGGAGACGUUUCUUUCAGUGA